CCUCGAUCCACUUCCAUUACGUUUCUCAUCUUACAGCGGCCUGGAUCAGUUUCCCGAGCUGAGCAACGGAGCUCAGACCGCCACCCGCCCGCUGCCACAAUGGCGAAGUUCCUGACACAGGAUCAGAUUAAUGAGUUUAAGGAGUGUUUCUCGCUAUAUGACCGCAAACGUAAAGGGAAGAUCGAAGCCCGGGAGCUGAUCACAGUGAUGCGAUGCCUCGGAUCAAACCCCACCCCGGCCGAGGUCCAUCGACACCUGCUGAGCCACGGCAUAGAUUGGAGCGGAGAGCUGGACUUCUCCACCCUGCUGAGCAUCAUGCACCGGCAGCUCCAGCAGGAGGCGCCGGAGGAGGAGAUCCUGGAGGCCUUGAAGAUGGCUGACAAGGAGCAGAAAGGCUUCAUCCUCGCUGCCGAGCUGAGAGCCAAACUCACCGGGUUGGGGGAGAAACUGACUGACAGGGAGGUGGACGAGCUGCUGAAGGAGGCGGGUGUUGGACCCGACGGGCGGGUCUACUGCGAGCAGUUCGCUAAAGCGGUGACGCGCUCGUCUGCAAAGCGCUGACGUCACAAACAUCAUGGCGUCUCCCGAAGACUUUAAAAGAACUGUGUGUUUUGUUUGUUAAAUAACGUUUCGAUUGCACUAUUUCUUCAUCACCGGGAUUCCUUACUCUUCCUCUGAUUGGCUAGUGUUUGUUGGCUAGGUUAGCGUUAGCCAACCAGAGGCAAAGUUGGGGCAACAAGUUCUUCAACCGCCGUUUUUAAAACAUGUAAAAGCUUCAAAACUUACAGGUGAGGUAUUAAAUAAUGGAUUUAUGUCGUAGUAUAAAACGUGAACAUGAAGGGUUUAUAGGACUCGUUCCUGGGUAAACAAAGUAAUAAAGAAACAUAUUGUCCGAAUAAACAAACAACAAUCUUUUUCUAUAUACGUUUGUGUGGAACCUGUUAUACCAUGCUAACAGUUAUGCUACCAACAUAUCUUGUUCUGGUUUGAAAACGAGCUGAAAACAUGAAAAUAAGUCAACUGGAGACAAACUUUUAAAUGGAGAUUAACAUUAGAACCACCAGGGGUCGCUGUGUACCUUAAAACCACCAACGUAUGUGUAUGUGUAUAUCGGUAUUUCAUAAUGUAAUUGAUGGAUUCAGGUCCAAAUCUUGAUAUUUUAGUGAAAAGUAUUUGACAUAUUGUGUUAUAAAUAUGCCCCCUGCUGGUUGAAACCAGCUACUGCAAUCAGUGCCGAAGGCUGUUGCAGAAAACUGUGAUUUAUUUAACACCAACACCUUAGUCAGAGUUCAGUUCCCAACCUGGGGGUCCCGUCCCCCAGUAGGGGUCACCAAAGCUUCAAAGGGGGUCGCAAGGCCUUCUUGAUUUUAAGGGGUGUAGGAAAACUACUUAAAAACAAUAUCUCAGUAUUUAAUUCAUUUCUGUACAAAAAAUUUAAAUUGUUGAUACUAUUAUUUAAUAUCUAAACUUUGAACACAAACUAUAUUCAGAGCUUCAGUCUUUGAUAAACUCGUCAUGAAGCAGAAAAAAGAAGAUGAAAACAGUAAAUCUGUCAGAAAGAAGAAUAUUAAGUCUGAUUGUUAAAAAUGAUAAAAAAAAUACAGAAUAUAGACAGAGAAUGGAUCAAUAUAUCAGGAAAACUCAUCUCUGAUCAAUAUUCACAGGAAAUAAUCAAACUUCCUGCAGUGAUUGAGUUCACUGUUUGUGUUUAUUGAUCAGUUGAUCAGCUGUUUUCUGCUGUUAUUGAUACUGAAGUCUAUAAGUAAAGAAAAUAAAAAUUUUGAGCAUUAAUUUAAUAAUAAUCCUAAUUAUUGUUGAUGUGUGAGAGCAGAAAGCGACAAUGGGGUCGGGGAUUAGCAAAAGGUUGGUUCAGUGUAGUUUCAAAGCAUUUAACAAUAUAUUACAUAUAUAAUAUAAUAUAAUAUCGUUUCAUUCGUUACAGGAGACAUUUUCAUUAGAGAUCAUUGUUUCAUCAUCCUGAGGCCUGCUGCAAUAAUCCCUGCGAAGUUUCAGUUCUUCCUGCAUGAUGACAUAUUUGCUCUGCAAGCAGAAGUGUUUUAUGAAGGCAAGAUUAUUCCUCUGUAAACCUUCCUGUCAUUUCCUGUUAGUGGAGCUUCACGCGUGGAAAACCCAUCAGCCGGUUCUGACUUUGCUGCAGUGAUAAUACAAAACGCUGGAAGCUUUCUGUUGUAAUUCGCAGUGACACAUCUUCUGGUUUCAUGUAAACCCCGGAGGACAGUGUGGAUUAUAUUGCUCUGUCAGGUCUGAACCUGUUUGCGAGGGACGCUGUGAAGCUCCUUCGUUGUAAUUCGCAGUGAAUCACAGACUGUUGGAGGCCGGCUGAAUGACUCUCAGCACCAACACCUCGGGGCUUCGCCGGCCUGUUGCCUUUGACCUUGUUAACGCAGAUUAUCGGACACUUCACCCGUGAACGGAGACUUUACGCCGCAUUUGUCUUUAGUGGGUCUGAAUAAAGUGAACUCACUGGAGGGAACUCUUUAUGUGCUUACUGAGCCUUUCUGUCUUUCAAUACAACAGAUAUCUGAGUGAGGUUGGGGUUAAUCCAAUCUGCUCGCUGAAGAGUGAAGUCGGUAUUUUGCCGCCAGGAACUGGAUCCAGAAUUAGAAACUACAGGAACACAAACCUUCAAAGACACUGAACAAAAUGUAUUAGAGUUUGAAUUUACAUAGUUCUGACCAUCGUUUAUUCUAACCUUUUACUGAAGUAUGAGUCUGAGGUUUCCACUCAUACACAAUCUGUGUAACUCAAACAGUGUUUAGAAAAAAACUAAACUAAAAACAAGAACUGGACGUUUCUUUGCCCCAGAUUAAAUGGGAUUAACAAAGUGUCUGCAAAGGGGGAGACUGUUGGGUUCCCGUAGAUUGUCAUUCAGAUAUCUUAAAGUCGGAGGUCAAUGGAUCCCUUUGAAAAUGACCAUGGCAGAUUUUCCCAUCGCCACAAUUUAGCCUAACUUACUUACUAACGAGCAUUAUGUAGCCUCCUUCCCGACACGGUUGAUACCAAUGAUGCGUUCGGUCCUCUAGUUUCAUAUCAUACCAGGAUCUUCACUCUAGCUUUAAAGCGGAGCCCGCUGCAGCCUCAGAAACACAGUGUGGAGUGGAAGGAGUAAAGAUAAGGGGGUGGCAAAUCAGAUUUCAGGGGUGGGUCUUUAUUGAUCCGCCAAAGUUUCAUCCUGAUGAAAUAAAAGGAUUUAUUCCUGGGUGGUGCCUGUUCUUAAAUCUCUACUGCCAUCUAAUCAAAGGAAACCAUCCCAGCCCCUGUAUGGUGCUGUACUGGUCAGACUGGUUUAUGUGAACAUGAGUUACUGGAUGAACAGUUUAAGCUUUUUCAGUCUGAGACCAAUGAUUUAUAUUAAAGUCUUUUCCUUAAAAUCC